GAAUAUUCAGUAGAUCUUUUCUGACUGAAAAAGAAUUUAUCGGCCCACUUCUUAAAAUUACUAAAAAUGUCAAAAAUAGCUACACAGAAUGAAUUGGGCUAUUUAAAUGAUAUAAUAAAUACCCUAUCCGCCUCCUCAGACAAAAGAGCAAGGCUAAAGCACAGAGUUGAGAAGGAUUACAAGGAAUCCGAUAAAAUUUUAGGUGAUUUGGUAAGAGAAAAUUAUACAUCACUCGAAUUGUUAGUCAAGUCAUUUCAAGGAAUAUCAGAAAAAAUAACCGAUUCUCAAAAGAGGAUAAGAGGCCUGAAAGAAAAUUUACAGAGUUGUAAAAAUCUAUUGAGAUGUAAAAGGGAGGAAUUAACGAAAUUAUGGACGGAUGCUAUAGAACAGAAAACGCUAUCGUCUCUUUUAGAUGAAAUUGACAGAGUAAGAGAAUGUACUCAGCAACUUCCGUUCCUUCUUCACAAUAAGCGUUACUUAGAAGCUACAACUGCCGUUAUAAAUUGCGUAAGAAUAAUUGAAUCUGAAUUACAAGAUGUUGAUGCAUUAAGGGAAACUAAAAGAGAAUUAGAAUUAAAGAAAGCAGAAAUUGUUACUAAAUUAAAAAAUGAGCUUUAUAAACAAAUCUAUAUAAAAUCUACAGCAUGCAUUGUACGAAACUUUCAAAGAAUGGGAUCAACAAGGGCUUCUACGAGAUCUACGGGUUCCCUUCAGUCAAAUAUUGAUUUAAAAUCAGAUUUGGUUAUGGAUGAUGAACGUAGGGAUGAACUUAUGAAUGCCGAUUUGCAUGAGUUGAGGAAUUUUGCCGAAUUUAACGACGUCCCUAUAGAGGAAAUCGAAGAGAAACCUGUUCAAUAUAUAGGCGUUCUUAUUGAAUCCCUGGCUAUUCUUAAUGAAUUAAAGGAUGCUUUAUAUUCGGUAAAGGAAAAGAUCAAAUUUGGUUUAAAGUCUAUUAUUCAAAGAGCAUCACAACAAGUAUCAGAUAAUGCUUACGCUCACGCGCAGAAUGGAAAAACAAAUAACGACCCAUCAUUGUUAAAGGAUCUCUUUGAUCUAAUAUUUCAACAAUUUAGAUUGGUUGUUCGCGUUCACGAAAUCAUACUAGCUUAUUCUAAUCGGGCUCAAUGGAAGAGGGGUCUACCUGCUUUAGAUAUCUAUUGUAUUCAAGAUGUUUGGGUUCAGGCCCAGAAAGUUGUUCGAAAUCUGUUGCUGGAAUAUAUCAAUUAUUCCAAAAAUGAUAUCAAAAAGAAAGAUAGAAGUACACUAAACGACAAAAACGUUGAUAUUUCAUCUUAUUUUAAUAAAAGGAGGCCAAAAGUUGAAUCUACUCUAUUUAAAUUUGAAUAUUCUUCUCACGCCCUCAGCUUAAAAUCUUAUGAACGAGAGGAAAGACAAAAUGCAUAUGCCAAUCAGGGAGUUGAAGAUGAACCAGAAAUAGUGGGUCAGCAAACCGUUUAUAUAUGCAGUCCAAAGCCCGAGAAUAUCGUUCAGGUUUACUCUUCUGUUAUUGAAUUUUCAGUAGACAUUGGAAAGGCGCUAAAUACUAGAAAUACUUCACUGCAAUUAAAUAUCGAUAUACAUAAUUUUAUGACUGGUGCCUAUUUACGUAUACUAAAACAGCAAUGCCUAGAAAAAUUACAACUAGCAACAGCCGAUACUAAUUGGUAUAAGUAUAUUACGCUGAUUAAGGAAGGAGUCGAUAAUCAACUACCUAUUUUCACGGCAGCUAUAACUGUUAUUGAUUGCAUAAAUAAAUUGAAGGGAUCCUCGGAUAAUAUUCCCAAUUAUUUAAAAGAAUUUAGUGACAUUUUGAGCGACGUCAUUUAUGCUUUUUAUGAUAAAAGUCGAAUAGUGUAUGAACUCAUUAUUAGUAAAAGAACAGUUAGUAGUUCUUGGGUCCAAGAUGACGACAUUACUAGAUUAUUACUAUCUCAACAUAGUUGGAGAGUUUUAGACAAUGGCAAUAAAACAAAAACAGUAGAAGAAUUUAGCAAAAAUUCAGAUAAAGAGGCAGAAAUUUUUACUAAUAACUUGGCGUCUCAAAAUUUCCUACAACGAGUAGACUUGAUGACUGAAGAUUCUACCGAUACCCUCAAGAUCAUUUCAUGCCUUAUUCAUACAAAUCUUUUCCUUCUAAAUCAUUUAAAAGACUUUCAAAUGGCUGCUAAGGACGAUAUGAUCAAACUAAAUAACAAUUGCAUUCUUCUAUUAUACAUAGAAAUAAGAGUAAAUUGUUUCUUCUACUUACAGCCGAUAGCUGGCCAUAUUGAAAAAUCAGCAGAAAAUGUUCAGGCAGCCGUUAGACACCUAAGAGACAGGACUUACAAUAGCGCAACUGAUGAUCUUAAAGUUGACCCGAAAAUUAGCGAAUUAAAUAGGAAUUUAACUACCCUAGCUGAAGCUCUGUCUUAUGCUCUUCCGUCAGCAUAUUUUCGAUAUAUUAUGUCAGGGGUAGGAUAUGUCAUUGGUUCAAUACUUAUUAAUUCUGCAUCUAAAAUAAAAAGAAUGAACCAAAAUGGGGUAAAGAAAAUGAUACGAAACAUAUUUUCCUCUCAACAAACAGUUGGAAAAAUUCUGAGUACUCGAUCUUACACUGGUUUAGAUUCGGCUAGACAAUAUUACGAGCUACUUUAUCGAAAACCCGAUGAUCUCUUAAGUGCUAUCAUUGAGCAAGGAACAUCGAGUUUCUCACAUAUCCAAUACGAAGCAUUGAUCCGACUUCAGCAUAGAUCUCUUCGGUUAACAGAGAAAAGUCUAGAAGAGAAUCUACGAAAAUUAACUGAAGCACUAACUUCUUAA